AUUCAGGUACUAUCCUUGUACCACGUGGGCGUGUGUUAUAUUUGCUGCGACAAUUUCUUGUGCAUUAUGAACCUACAUGUGGCUGGCCAGUUUCGUAUAUUGCAGUACAGGUUCAGAAACUUGCAUACGUUACAACUUAAGGAUGAAGAACACGAAAGACCAACCACUGGUUCGUUUUACUCCGCUCAGAAGUAUUACAACUCAUUCAAAAUCUGCAUCCAACAGCAUCAAGCACUCACUACGUUCUGCGCCGGGUUGGAGAGUGUGUUCAGCGAAAUUGUGCUCGCACAAGUGCUGACUUUCAGCAUGCUGAUUUGCCUUGUCGGGUACCACUUAGUAUUGGCUGAGUCGUCUUCUACGAGCCACGUUAUAUUCGUGAAUCUCUUAUCGUCGACUAUGUGCCAGCUGUUCAUGUUCACGUACAGUUGCGAUUGCUUGAUACGUGAAAGCACGAACGUGUGUUCAGAGGCAUUCGCAUCACCUUGGAGUGAAUUACCGAUCGACAGAUACGGGAAAAUGCUGCGAAAGGAUCUGCAGUUUGUAAUAAUGAGAUCGAAACGGUCUUGUUGUCUGACGGCCAAUAGAUUCUUUCCGGUGUCGUUGCAAACUUAUACCAGCAUACUCAGCACGUCGAUGUCGUACUUUACGUUAUUAAAACAGAACUCCGAUGAUACAACUAAUACGUAG